UGCAGACUGAGCUAUCAUGACGGGACAUUCGGGUGUUCCGUGGAGGCUCCCGGGCUGGGUUAUAGCCCUCCUUCUUGUGGGCACCCAGCUUUCUUUAAGCCAAAAAGUAUGUGAUCAGGCACUUGGUCUGGAAUCAGGGGACGUAAAAAGGGAGCAGCUAAAAUCCUCCAUUACACGGGCGGAUCUAGAUAUAGAAUACGGGCGUUAUAACUGUUGUUCAGAACAAUCAUUUGCUGCUUGGUGUCCGUCUAAUGUAACGGCGGAGAAUUGGUACGAGGUAUCCUUCAGUGGGCCCCAUAAUGUUACCGGCCUCCGAGUGCAGGUGCCCGUCAACAACGUCUCCACACAUGACCCCUACCUCACAGAAUUCUACGUCUUCCUUGAAUAUGCCUCCGCAAAGCUGGGGAGCCUGGAAAUGCUUCAACUUUCUGGAAAUAUUUCUGUUUUUCAAACAAGCAAUACAGACAACGAAACAGAAUUUAGUUGGCCGGGAGAAGUGGUUCGAAGGAUUAGAAUUGUGGUCAAAAACUACACAACAGCUCCCUGCUUCAGAUUCGAUGUCAUCGGGUGUCCAAUCGAUGCUAUUUCAGAAAAUGUGGUCCCUGUUGAAAUUGAGCAACCCAAACUUCAGUUUAACUAUAACAGUUUGUCUGAUAUGUCAAUGGUAUGUCAGGCACAGGAUAAGAGAGUCUAUGGCAUACAGUAUUGGAUUACUUGGAGUGUUAAUGGUCAGCAGAGGAGGUGUGACUUGAUGGGACCUAGUAUUUACAGUUCUACACUUCAGUUAUCAACUCUAGAUUUCAAUUCCUUAGUUUCCAAGAUUGAGUGUUCAGUGGAAGCCUGUUAUAGUUCAGACUGUGUCAAUAUCACCAGCUCCAAAGUAAACAGUCACCCAUUCAGACCUGAAGUCAUUGUUAGAAGCAGUAAAUCUCUGACAGUAAAAGAGGGGGGUCCAGCAGAGGAAAUCAGAGUUCAAGCCACUGUUCCACCCUCCUUAUUUUGCCUGGCUGCAGGAAAAGACAGUGAUUGUACAGUUGCUGUUAAGGCCACUACAGAAUCACUGGAAAGAAGUCCUCCAACAUGUUCACAAGAUGUGGAGCCAGCACAGAUUGUAUUUCCUGAGAGAGAAGGCUCCACAGAGUCCUGUAAUGUGAAAGUGACUGAGUCUAACUGGAGGAACGUGAUAAGUAUCCCAGUACAGGCAGCUCAGGACGGUGUUGUAGAUGGAAACCAGAGAGUUCAGGUGUCCCUGACCAACAGAAUUGACACCGUCACGGACAUCAACACAGUCAAAACAGUAGAGGUGGCAGCAGAAAACUCAGAUGAAGGAGCCAGGUGUUCAAUGCUCAGUUUAGGACAAGUCAACACAUUUGAUAACACUAUGUAUAACACUCAUCAGCCUGGAGAAUAUGUCCUCUACAGACAUACCAAGUAUCCCAUACAGGUAAAUGUAUUUGUCAACAGCUGUGGCCCUACCUUUGUGUGUGUAUGUGGAGUGUCAGUCAGGGUCGGUGAUGAUGUGAUUCGUGUUAGUAACUGUGAAGGAAAUCCACAAAACAGAAAACCUCUAAUCAAACAACUGUUCUAUGGAGUACCUGUAAAUGAUGAAUUCAGAGUUGUCACCUCUAAUUCUGGAGAUUCAGUCACAAUUGUUCUACCAAGUGGAGCAUUUCUGAAAGUUAAAUUAGCCAAUGAAAAUUCACUCGGCAUUUGGCUGUAUCCAUCUUUACAAGAUUUCAAUAUGACAGAAGGUCUGUGUGGUAACUAUGAUGGAUCAAUGAGUGAAGACCUUAUCCUUAGAAAUGGUUCUGUCUAUACACAGUCUGGCAAUAAGUAUCUCCAAGACUUUGCCUCAGAUUGGAGUUUUGCUGGUGAGGAGAGUUUGUACACAGGUAUCUGUCCUGGACUGAAUGUCUCACGGGGACUUCCAGAGAACAAACUGUGUGACUGUUCUGGUUCUGAUGUGUUCAGCUGUGAUGUAUGGAAUCUCAACCGAGACUGCCAGGCUUAUAGAAAAUACAAAACAGGAAUGGACUACACAGAUCAAAUGUUUAGAAGUGGUAUUUAUGCUAAGAACUGUCGUCCCAAUGUCACCAUACCAAGAUUCAUGCAGAUUGACUAUGCUUCAAAACAGAACUACCAGUUUGUACAAGAUGAGGCAUCUUUUUCUACAGGAUGGACUUUUCAGACAGCCAAUGAAAGUUGUGUUCAGCACAUACAGAAAUCUGCUGUCUACAGAGAAUGUCAGAAUGUGAUCAAUGUUGACAGUCAGUACUAUGUGGAUAUCUGUGUGGAGAAUAUCAGGAUUUCCAAUGACUCGUCCUGGAUUAGCUCUAUAGAUUCUGUGAUGGAGGAGGACUGUCUUUAUCAGUUAGACAGAAACUACAGUGUGGGGGUGGUGGUGUCUGACGUGAAGGCAGGCCUCUGUCCAGAUAACUGUUAUAACAAUGGACAGUGUGUUGAUGGAAAAUGUCAGUGUAAUGAGGAUUUCAUUGGCUAUAACUGUAAGGUCAACAAGACAGCCCCUCCCACUCUGACCUCACUCCCCAAUGAGGGGAUGUGUAACACCCUAAUAUCUGGUUGUAGACAGAUGUUUGUGUAUGGGGACACAUUUGUUAACAGUCCACAACUUACCUGCUAUGCUGAACCAGUCACAUUAUUUUCCUCACCUAACCAAGGAGGUUACAACAGAACUGGUGCUUUGGUAGAAGUCCCUAUUACUUCCAGAUUUACUGGUGCCACCCAGUUGGCCUGUUUUCUGCCGUCUUCAGAACCUCACCUUUUAUAUGUCAGCAAUGUCAACACCUCCACCAUUAAAUCCAACCCUUUGUUGUGGGUGCCUUACAACCCAGCCUGCUACAACUGUACUGCCAAAUCUGAAUAUUGCUUUAUGAAGGAUGAUGUGUGUGUGAUUGAUGGAAUGUGCUACCUGAACAUGUCAGAAAAUGCUAUGGACCCAUCCCAAGUGUGUGACCCUCAAAAAAGUCAAACAGAGUGGUCCAACAGGACAAGCCUUUGUCCCUUCUCUAUGAUGCAGUGGACAGAGAUGAAUUCAACAACUCUGGUUUUUCACAAUGAUAAAACCCUCUCAAACAUUGCUAGUCUAGAGGACUGUCGCAGUGAGUGUGUGGCUGAGAAGGAGUUCAGAUGUCAGUCUGUGGAGUAUAAUGCUGACACAAAAGAGUGCCAGUUGUCUCGUAUUCAGGUCCGCGAAGCUCAGAGCUAUUUACUGCAGGGGGAUUUCAGCGAGGGAUGGACUUAUAGUCACUGGUAUUGUACAAAAGAUCCAUGCCCAUCCAAGAAGAUUGAAUGGAAACUUGAGUCUAAAUAUGAAGGUUAUUUCACUGCUGAUAAGGAUCUUGAUAUUCUGUAUGAUGUAUGGAGGUUCGAGGACUGCCGUGGACUAUGUGAACGUGAACCAAUGUGUAGAGCCAUUAAAUUCUCCAUGGAGAGGGGGAUAUGUAUUCUCUCUGAUGGAGCACAAAGAACAGAUAAAACUACAGGAACUUAUCAGAGCUACCCUGGAUGGCAGUAUCACUCAUUUACAUGUGAAGAAGAAAAAGAAACGGGUCCAACUGUCAUGGAUGCUGAAGUAAAACCCAUAUUCUCAGGCCCAGGUCAAGAUGAGGUCAUGUGUGAUUUUGAUAAACUAAACGAUACCAGAGAAGUUAAUUAUUAUGUCCUUUGGAGGGUGGAUGGGAAAUACUUGUAUGAAGAUACUAAUGUCACUAACCAAAAGCUUCCCUCACAGCUGGCAAACAGCAUUAAAGAUGGGACAAAGAUCUUGUGCUCAGUGAGUGCUUGUUACAAUGGUUCAUGUGACUCCAGAGGCAAACUUUUCACCUCCAAAGAAUAUGUGGCUACACUACAAAUUGAAGGCAGAGACAACAUUGACCUGCCCGAGGGAGCUGACCCUGAAAUGUAUGAGAUCACCCCCACAGCUCCCCCGUAUGUCCUGUGUAGAAACCAAUCCCUGAGUGCCCCUGACAACUGUAGUAUAAAACUGAGCACCAAGACUCCACUUGAUAACAAUGAACUGAAGUGUCCAGGAGGAAAAACAAUCAAACAGAUGGCUGUCAGCAUGUAUCUAAAGUCUGUGGAGCAGAGGACUCCAGUUUGUUCCAUGGAGAUUACCAAUGACAACUGGAGGCAGGCCCGUUAUAGUGUACAACUAAAGGCGACAACAGAUAACAAGUAUGAUGGAGAUCAUGUCAGGCAGAUGACACUGAUGGCUGAUUAUCUGGUCAACGAUGUAACAGAGAAGGAAAACGUCACUAAAAAGGAUGUCAGGGUCAAUGUAGUGGAUAGAGACAGGAGGGCCCUGUGUAUAUCUGUAAAUGAUCCUCACAUCACCACUUUUGAUAUAAGAUAUGUCAACAACUUCUUUGAGGGAGAAUUUGUCUUGUAUCGACACAAGACUCUUCCAUAUUCCGUCCACACAUUCUAUAGGAGUUGUAAUGGCCGCGCUUCCUGUAACUGUGCUGUGGCAGUGAAGGCAGAUGAUGACGUCUUGUUGGUCGAUAAAUGUGGCCCAACAGAGUCUAGUACUGGAGGAUUUUAUCCAAUCACAAUCAAGCUUUUCAGAAAUGGGAUACUAACACCUGGUUUCAAGAUCUACAGUUAUAAUGAAGGACGUAAAAUAAAGGCAAUCCUGCCCACUGGCACUACAGUGAACAUCAAACGCAGUGUGAUCAGGGGACAGAACUUCCUCAAUGUGUGGCUCAAAGCUUCUGCUGCUGAUUACAACAAAACAGAGGGACUUUGUGGCACAUUUAAUGACAACAAAGAUGAUGAUUUAACCAUGCCAAAUGGAACAAUUUCCAUGGAAACUUCUAAACAAGCACAUGGAUUUGCUUUAAGUUGGAGGGUGGAUCCUAAGAAAACUAUUUAUACGGGAGUAUGUCCCACAGUGAGAACUGCUAGUCAGGAGGUGCAAACCACCCAGGAAUCUUACUGUUUCUGUGACCAGUCCAAUAACUGUGCUCCAGGAAAUGAUGUCACUUCCUGUCCAUUUGAAUUUGAAGAUUCUGAAGAUAUCACUAGUUCUCUGAUGUUACGGUCUCUGUUCCCUACCAAAUGUAACAGAGAGAUUGCCCAGUCAACUUAUCAAUACCCAGAUUUCGAGUACACAGCCAAUGAUGUACCUUUGGUGUUGACUUGGCCUACAAAGAGUGGACUUAAAGAGAGUCAAGCCCGAGGAUUAUGCGAGGUCAUCUAUAUUCAAGAUUCAGAUGCAGCCUUGGCCUGUAAAGACAUUCCAGGUGUGGAUGAUGAAGCAGCCACUGAAAACUGUGUGGAGGAUAUUCAGAUUACGGAUGACAGUCGUUGGGGUUUUACAGCUAUAGAGAACAUAAAGGAGAUGUGUGAGGUACACUUGACAUACAAUGUCAGUCUCUGGACCACUCCUGCAGGGGAGGUAAAUCCUGCCCCACCUAACAAUGUAAUGUCACAGCUGUGUCUAGCAGAAUGUGGAGGAGCAGGAACCUGUGAAAACAGAACCUGUAAAUGUCAGGCUGACAGAGCUGGCUUGGACUGCUUUGUGGAGAGAUUUACAGCUCCUAACUUGUUUUAUCUUGGUGACAAUGGCCUGUGUGACCUGAGGACAAGUCCCUGUGAUCUUAUUACCAUCUACAAUAACAACACUGAAAACAGCCCAAUGCUGAACUGUCAGUUCACAAAACUAGAGCAAAAUGAGACUGGCUUCGUCUUAGAUCCUACAAACGUGAAAUCAGUGAGUGCAAACUAUGUGACAUUUAAUGAACUGACCUGUAAACCACCCACUGUUGGAAGUUAUGAAGUCAAAAUAGGUAACAACGGAGCUAAUGAAUCCAGUGGCAGCAGUGGCCCUGCCUACUUUUUGGUCUACGACUCACUGUGUUAUGAUUGCAACAUAAACACCCUCACAUGUGAACAAAAGACCACUGCUUGCCUGAUUGACGGAAACUGCUAUGAACCAGGGGAGUACAACCCACAAAAUCAUAGGCAGUUCUGUGAUCCCAAAGUCAACCACACAGAAUGGCAGGAAGCCAAGGAUUCUUGUGAACUCCUUGACCUGGAAUGGAUAGUAUACAAUAUGAAGAAGCUGGGUGCAGGCUCUGAGAUAGAGAGUGUGGAUUUGGGUGGAAACCUGAGCCGUUGUGACCGAGCUUGUCUGGAUUACUACACCAAUCCUGUCUGUCACAGCUAUGAUUUAGACAGCUCCACUAACAACUGUACACUAAGGACUGCUGAUUAUAUCUCUAAAGCUUCACCACUAGAAGAGUCAGCUGAUAACCUGCACAGAGAAUGGCAAUGUCAUAAUGAUCCAUGUGGAAAAAGAGGCAUUGCCUGGAGCAAAGAACCUGGCUAUGCUAUUGACAAGUAUGAUGAUAAAACAAUUAACAAUGUCCUGACAGCCACAGGAUGUAAACAGCUCUGCUUGAUGGAGAAGUCUUUCUUGUGUAAAUCUGUGGAGUAUUUGGCAGGGAUGGGAAAAUGUGUUUUGUCCAGGUCACAACGUCAAGAUGUGGCUCCGUCUAAUUUCGUCAGGUGGCCCGGUUAUGUGUAUCAUGAGUGGUCAUGUAAAUCAGGAAAUGAUUAUCCAAUUCUGCCUGCAAAUCCUGAAGUAACAUUGGCUCGUCAUGGAGAGAACACAACUCUUGUCUGCAAGUUUCCUACUGUAAAUAAAACAGAGGAUUUCACCUACUCUGUUCGUUGGAUCAUUAAUGGUCGCAUAGUGGAAGAAACAAUGCUGAACAACCAAACAGAAAAUGUGGCACUCUACAUGAACAAGACGUAUCUACACAGUCAUAUGUUUGGCACAAAGUUUUCCUGUGGUGUUUCCACUUGUCUGACCAGUAACUGUAACACAACAACUGGGGCCUUUAGAGAAAGUGAACAACUCGAGAUUAAACUGGAGGUGACCCCAGACAAGUCCCUGACCCUGAUUGAGGGUGAGGUUGGUAAGCCAGUGUCAGUCCAGAUGACCGUUCCCCCCUCCUUCCUGUGUCCCCUUGACACCCCUCAUGAGGAGUGUUCUGUCCUGGUGUCCAGUAGAGCUGUCAGGAACGAGAAGACACUGUCCUGCAGAGACAGAUCUGACAUGCAGCAGGUUGUCAUCAAGUCUGUGGCAAGAUCUGUAAAUGAUUCCUGUGGAUUUAUGAUAACUAAUACAAACUGGAGGAACUCUUUUCAAAUAAUGCUGAAGGCUAAGAUUGAUGGGCUGUAUGACGGGGAUGUUAUGCAGGACGUCAAAUUACUGGGGAAGGUGGUCAUCAGCGGAAACGCUUCCAGAAGUUCAGACCUUCAUACCCUCAGUGCUACAGUUGAAGAUAUGGAUCGGCCAUCCAUAUGUAGAUCUGUGAAUGGACCACAUGUCACCACUUUUGAUGGAAGGUACUACAACAAUUUCAAUGAAGGAGAAUUUGUCAUGUACAGACACAAUAAUAUGCUGUAUGAGGUGCGUAAUUUCAAUCGUCGCUGUAAUGACCGGGCUAUUUGUACCUGUGCAGUGGGCAUUAGAUCAGGGGAUGAUGUGAUUGUGAUUGACAAGUGUGGCAAAGAAAUGACUCGGCAAGGCAGACAACCGGUCAGAGUGUACCUCUAUAAGAAUGGGGAACUAAGUCCUGGUACUAAAGUCUACAGACACGCUGAAGGAAGAGCAUUUAAGGUUAUGCUUCCCAAAGGAACCUCAGUAACCAUCAAAGUGUCCCCUACAGGUCUGGAUGUCUGGCUACAGGGAUCUAGUGUGGAUUUCAACAGUACAAUUGGUCUCUGUGGUAAUUUUGAUGGCAGAAAGCAGAAUGAUUGGACUCUCCCAGACGGCUCCAUGUUUGAUGUUCCAGGUCUCCGUCCUGACCCAUUCUCUCUCUCCUGGAGAGUGAUGAAAAAUGAGAGUAUGCUAACAGGAUCAUGUGACCAGAUGACUGUUAUUGACCCAGAGUUAUGUGACUGUCCAUUAGGAGAUUCUUCUUCCUGUCACUCGGGUGCUUGCUACCAGUUAUGUCCCCUGAACAGAAGACAACAGAGAGAUGACCUGACACAAAUACUGGUAGGCAGAUCUAUUUGUAUGGGAUCUGUUGGCUGUAAUGAAACAGUGUAUGAAUAUGAUGAAGAAUACAAAGCAAAGGAUUUUAACUGGCCCACCAUGUCUAACAUUACUUACGAGAUGGCCAGGAAUCACUGCCUGAGUCUUCUAGAGAACAGCUUGAGGGCCUCCCUCUGUUCCAGUGUCACAGACACCUCAGAAAUCAUGGACCUCUGUGUGGCAGAGAUCAAGAUAGAGGACUCGUUUAAAUUGACCUGGACUGUACUAGAACAUUUAAUGGAGACCUGUAGGGUAGAGCUGACUCGUAAUGUGAGUCUAUGGACAAAUGACAGUGGAAUACUGGCUCCAGACAGCUCAGUUCUUGGGGAACUCUGUCUCAACAACUGUACUCAAAGAGGACAGUGUGUGAAUGGGACCUGUGAAUGUGACCCAGAUUUGGGUGGUGCUGACUGCUCUGUCAACAUGACAGUGGUACCAGAUUUGUGGUUCCUCAGAAAUAAUGGACUUUAUGAUCUCAGUGAGAGACAGUGCAGUGAAGUUGCAGUCUACGGAGCAACAUUUAUCAUGUCAAACAAACUCAUGUGUAGACUGGAACCAGUCAAGCUGUUGGAUGGAGGUUACAACAGAACACAAGAGGAGAUAUAUAUUCCUGCUAUCCUGGUGACCUAUAAUGAAAUCCUCUGUCCUCUGCCAUCCAGGAGUAGUUACUUUAUAGCAGUAUCUAAUGACAACAGUACCUGGAGCUCAGCCAGUCUUCUGACUGUGUUUGACAGCAGAUGUCAUGAGUGUACAAGAUCUGGAAUGUGCCGAUUCAGGGAACAAAAAUGCUUUAUUGAUAAUGUAUGCUACAACAUUGGCGAGUCUAACCCCACCAACUCCUCUCUGAUUUGUAAUCCUUAUGAAAACUAUGACAUUUGGAGUGUCAAAAGAGAUUAUCCUCUUGUCCGAGACCAACCUGAGCUGUCCACCUCUUACAAUGAGACCAGUGGUCAGUUCUUGUUUGAAUGUGAGGGAAUGGUCAGUAUGGAGAAUGCUACCCGGUCCUUUGUUGUCUGGAGUGUGGAUGGAAAGGAGAUGAUGAUGACAGAGGUCAACAGGUCAAAUGACAGGAAGUUUAAAUCAGAAAUGUCUUACCAAGACUUGGCUAAUUUCACUUACGGUUCCAAGGUGGAGUGUGGAGUAAAGGCCUGUUUUAUUGAUGACUGUAAGAACACAACCAGUCCUAUCCUGAACAGCAAACCUAUAACAUUGGCUGUCAAAGUUGUUGACAGAGAUCUUGAAGUCAUUGAGGGAGGUGAAUCUUCUAACAUCGAGAUUGAGAUGGAGUUUCCUCCCUUUAUCUUUUGUUCCUCCGAUGACUGUGAGAUCGUGGUGAGACCAGAAAUCAGAGAAGACAAGGAGCUGAAAUGUGAGGAGAAAGCUGUGACCCAGGUCUUAAUCGUGAGGGACUCCGACAAGGAGGGACUGAGGAUAACCAGGGGUAACUGGAGGAGCAGGCUAGUGAUCCCCGUACUGGCUAACAUGGACAUGCUGAAGGACGGGGACCAGGAAAGGGAGAUCACUGUGGUCUCCUUUGUCAGGGACGGCAAUAUGACAAGUAGAAACAAUAUGACCAGAAACAAGAAGGUAAAAGUUAUGGACAGACAUGAAUCACACCUGUGCAGUUCUAUCAAUGAUCCACACAUGAGAACUCUAGAUGGAAGAAAAUAUAACAACUUUUAUGAAGGUGAAUUUGUGCUGUACAGACACACUACAAGUCCAUAUGAGGUCCGAACUUUCUACAAAAAUUGUAAUGGCAAGGCGUCCUGCAACUGUGCUGUUGCUGUCAAGGUGGAUGAUGACGUCAUUGUGAUUGACAGGUGUAGCCAGGUCAAAAGUAAAAAGGUCACUGCCAAACCUAUUCAAAUCAGGACUUAUGUUAAUGGGGAGCUAACUCCAGGAUUCCGAGUUUACCAGACAGGACAGGAAUACAGGAUUUAUAUGCCCUCUGGAACCUAUGUAGUUGUUAAAAAUGGCAAGAGAAGAACAAGUCAGUUUCUGAAUGUUUGGCUCCACGCCUCUCCGAUGGACUUCAACCACACAGAAGGACUGUGUGGAACCUUGGACAAUAGGCAGGACAAUGACCUAAUGAAACCUGAUGGUACUGUGGUAAACACCAACCAGAAACGUCCCAAUGCCUUUUCUAAAAGCUGGCGAGUCGAACCUGAAGACACCCUGUUUAAUGGGUUCUGUCCUGAUGUGGCCUCUGACAUUAGAAAACCUGAAAAGUUUUAUUGUGACCCUGUCAAUAACUUCAUCUGUUCUAAAUUGUCUACAGACUUCAGCUGUCAACAGACAAAACUCAGAGGCAAGGACAUCACAGAUGAAGUCUUGAAAUUUGCUGUGGCUCCUGCAAAGUGCAUCACCCUGCAGCCUCAGAUUGUGUUUGAAUAUGAUGUUAACUACACUACACCAGAAAUUUCGUGGCCCAGCAGUGGUAUGAAUGCAUCCAUGGCUUACCAGCACUGUUUAAAUUUUGUUUUGAGCUCCAAGAUUGGAUUUUCCUGUAACAAUAAGACAGGCCUAUCUGCAGCUAUAGGCCUGGACCUUUCUAUAGAAUCCUGCAUGGAGGAUAUAGGGCUUACUGGAGAUACGUCUUGGGAAUUUGAAGCAUUGGAGAGCAUCAAAAUAAAGUGUAUCACUGAGAUAGUGACCAAUGUAAACCUGUGGGUGGUGGUCGGUGGACAGCCUGCCCCCGAGGAGGCUAUAGUGGAUAAUUACUGUAUAAAUGAGUGCAGUGGCCAAGGAACUUGUGUUAAAGGUCAGUGUCAGUGUGACCCUGGCUUUGGUGAUAUUGACUGCUCUGUGGACAUCACCAUACCACCCAAUGUAACGGACAUUCUGAAUGGUCAGUUGUGUGACAUCAGGGAGAGCCAGGACGGAGACAGGUGUAAGAGGAUCUUCCUGAUUGGAGAAAAUUUCCAGAAUAAUGACUCUCUUGUCUGCCACUAUUUUGACGGGACUGGGAGACCAGCUACAUACCUGAGCUCGGAGUCAGUUGUUUGUGAGAUGUUGACCCCCAGGACGGCUAACAUCACAGUGAGCUAUGGUGGAGAGAGACAGAGUAAACCCAUCAGAUACAUUGUGUAUGACUCCUUCUGUACACAGUGUGAUGAGGACACCCUGGUCUGUGUUGAGAGGAAUGACACCUGUAAUAUUGGUGGCCAGUGUUACUCUGCAGGGACAGUGUUUGAUCAAGACAAUAGAUAUUCCUGUAUGCCAGACGUAAACAGAACCACGUGGACAAGGAUAGAAACCACUGCUAUCACUGCUUUGAGAAUUACCUACAUCUCGAUUAUCAACAAUGUGUUACUUACCUCCCUUGGUAACUUUACUGUUGGAGGAAUUGUACCAUCACUGAUUGAUGGAUGGAAAGGAGGGUUAGCGUUAAGGUUUGAUGGACAGUCUUACAUAGAAGAUAAUGACCAGAACAGUUGUCUCAGGAACCCAGAGCUCUGUCUGCGGUUUGGAUUUUCAUACAAAUUCUCUCUAAAAGUGUCUGCUGUGAUAGACAAUUCCUACAUCUUCUCCUCUGGUGGAGAUUUGCCAGGCUACAGAGGGGUUUCUUUGUACUUAAGGAAAGGUCGCAUGUACCUAACCCUUAGUACGGAGAAUUUUGAAUGGACUGUAGUGACAGUUUUUAGAAAAAUCAAUGCAUAUUUCGAUUUUGAGUUUUCAUGGGGACUCAGCUAUGGUUUGGAAUGCUUUAUGGAUGGAGUAAGUGUAGGAAGGACAAGGGCACCAGUCAAGAGGACAAUUAAGGGAGCCAAAUUACAUGGAUUCAGACUUGGCGGGCCAGUGCCUGGAGGAAAACGAGUGUCAGCUAAAUGUGAAGUGGGAGGCACUACCUUAGUGAAGGCGGAGACCAGAAUCAUUACAGCUAUUGGAUUUGUCAUUGACAUUCCUGAGCUGACCAAGGCUCCAGAGCUUUCUGCAUCCUUCAGUGAGAAUAACACAGAAGCCGAAUUUCACUGCAAGUUUGAACGCUUGCCCCGAGCAGAUGUUGCAUACAAAGUUCAGUUCUUCGUGGAUAACCAGCAGGUUAAGGAUGUAGGUCUGGUAGAUGGGAAGGCUGAGGAGUACAUCAUGUCAGAAUCUGAGUAUGGUGAAGGGGGCUAUGGAGUUAAGUCAUAUUGCAUGGUGACACCUUGUUAUGUAUACAGUUGUGCAACUACAGAGGGACCUUCACGUAAAAGUAACAUCAUCACUGCUGAAGUCCAGGUUAUCACAAAGGAUAUAAUGGUAGUAGAAGGAGGUUUGCCAGGUGAUGUCAAUAUUCGACUGACUGUGCCACCUAGGUUACUGUGUCGACCUGCAGACAGGGCCAAUAACUCCUGUUAUGUCAGAAUUAACUCUCAGUUCUCAGAGGUAGAACAACUCUGUCCAAACUCCAACAGACUAAAUCAGGCUGUGAUUGGGUACAGUGUCUCCAAUGAAAUGGCCACUCCAUUCUGUGGUAACAUGAUCACAAUGAGGAACUGGGAGAGGAUGACCAUUAUCCCAGUGUUUGCUUCCAUUGACCUUCUCUAUGACAAAGACAAAACCAGGAGUCUAUCUAUCGUGUCCGAUGUCUUCUGCCAGGGCAGUGUCAAUCACACCACGAAUACCAGCCUCGUCACAGUGAAGGUGAAGGAUGGAGAUAAGAGUGCUGUGUGUAAAUCUAUCAAUGAUCCUCACAUGACCUCUUUUGAUAAAUGGCAUUACAAUAAUUUCUUGGAAGGAGAGUUCAUUCUGUACAGACACAAAACCCUUCCAUAUGAAGUUCGUACCUUCUAUCGUAAAUGUAAUCGGGGCCGUGCCACCUGUAAUUGUGCGGUGGCUGUCAGAUCAGGAGAUGAUGUCAUAGUGAUUGACAGAUGUGGUCCUACUGUGACCACCACAGGGAAAUACAAACCCAUAAAGAUAACACUGUAUCUAAAUGGUCAGCUGACAAAGGGGACCAAAGUCUUGUCCUACGGAGGAGGAAAGAAAUAUGAAGUCCACCUUCCACACGGUGCCAUUGUGGUGGUUGCCAAUGGUAAAGGAAAGAGACCUCAGUUCAUCAAUGUCUGGCUCAAGGCUUCUCCUGCUGAUUAUCAACAGACAGAAGGACUUUGUGGUGUUUGGGAUGAUGACAAGAAUAAUGAUAAACUUAUGAGAGAUGGAACUAUGUACAGUCCAAAGAAAAAAUCAAAACAAGCCACAGAAUACUCUAAAAGCUGGAGGAUUGACGAGGCGGUUGAGGACUCCCUGUACACAGGAUUCUGUCCUGAAGACUUGGAGGCAGAGGCCCAGUUUAACUACUGCACCUGUAACACAAACACACAAAAUGAAUGUUCUGACCAAGCUAUCAUACAGAACUGUGCUCCAGCACUGAAAACAAAGAAAGGCAAAAAAAGAGGGAAAGAUAUCACAGCUGAGCUGAUAUCUAACAAUGUUGUGGAGACCACCAAGUGUUUCCUUCAGGAGCCCCAGGUGUUGUUCCAGUAUAAUGCCACUCACAUUGGGCCGGAAUUGGGCUGGCCAACCCCCAAUGGAAUCACCCUGGAACAAGCCACCUCAUACUGUAGAAAUUAUGUGACCCUGUCUGCCUCUGGUAAUCUCUGUCAGAAGGUCAACAAUGUAGAGCUGGAUGUGGCUCUGGACAACUGCAUAGAGGACAUUCAGCUGACUGAUGAGCGAGACUGGGCUAUUGAGACCCUACAGAACGUAAACCAGCAGUGUCAGAUAGAGAUUGUGUUUAACAUCACUAUCUGGGUCACCGUAGGAGGAGAAUUACUACCCCCACAGGACGUGUUUGGAGCUAUAUGUCCAGCUGACUGUAGCGGAAAUGGAAAAUGCAAUGAAGGAGUGUGUGAGUGUAACACUGGUUUUGUUGGAGAUGACUGCUCCAUUGCUGAGACUGACCCCCCGGAACUGGAGUCCAUUCAGGGCGGUACUUUGAUUGACAUCAGUGUGGGCGUGGUCAAACAUCUUGUAGUGUAUGGGGCAGACUUUGUAGACGGAGACAAACUCACAUGUCACUACUUCUUGCCUAAUGGAACAGAAAUGAAGCUUCUGGCAGUGUAUGUAAAUAAGGACAAUAUCCUGUGUCCUUGGGCUGGAGUCAGUGGUCCGUAUGAACUAAGGGUCAGUAACAAUGGGGUCAAGGUCAGUGGACGCUUACAACUGGUGGUGUACAACUCCCUGUGUGAGACCUGCACCCUGGCGAAGUGCAGCCCCAGGCAAGAUGUCUGUGUCAUCAAUGGAAUUUGCUACCAAGAUGGUUAUGUCAAUCCUAAAGAUAUCAAGCAGGUGUGCUACACUCAGAAGAAUACAACCACAUGGAGUGUUCUUACCAAGACAGAAGUAACAGUAAGGAGGUAUGGUUUCCUGAGACUUGUCGGUAACAUCCUGUAUACUCUAACAGUCAACAUCCGCUUCACCCUCUUUGGUUCUCCUGGUUUUGUCACCGGUCCUACUGGUGCCAAGGCCCUCCUAUUGAAUGGCAAUGACCAGUUUGUGGACAUGGGUGACCAGACCACUCAGUGUAUAGGAAACCUGGACACCUGUAAAUUGGGACUUACUGUGAAAUUCAACCUAAAGGUAAUUAAGUUCUCCAAGAAAAUGUACAUCUUUUCCAAUGGUGGAGAUGAGCCAGGUUACUCUGGAAUGGCCAUGUGGUAUGAGAGAAAGAGGCUGUACCUAUCCAUAAGUACUUCCUCUAAGAUCUGGACGGUCAGUACAAAAUUCACCACACUCAACAGAUUCAUGGCUAUUCAGUUCUCCUGGAGCGUACAGCUAGGAAUAAGGCUAUACUUGGAUGGUGUACUGGUCAGCAGAAAGGAGAAAUAUUACAAGAGGAGCGUGAAGAAUCUGAAUAAGAAGUUUUAUGUUGGAUGUUCCAUAAAGAAGAAAUACUUCUCCAACAUUGUGAUUGAGGGCUGGGAUAUUGCUGAAGCUGUCGGGGAUGUGGUUAAGGAGUUAGACAUCAAGAUUGAACCUCCAGAAUUCAAAGAAGCACCGUCUCUGGCUAUAUCUGUCAAUAGAACUACUCAAGAAACAGAAUUCCUGUGUAGGUUUAAACCACUAGAGCUUCCCAACCUCCAAUAUACAGUACAGUGGUACCUCAAUGACAGACAGCUGAUGGAGGAGGUGCUGGAUAACAGCACGGAAAGCACCAUGAAUGAAAGUUACAUCACACAGCUGGUGUAUGGAGACAAGAUAAAAUGUAGUGUGUCUGCCUGUGAACAAGGGAACUGUGAUAACACAAGAGGCCCAUGGAGAGACAGUGCCAUACUGACAGCCCAAGUCAAGUUGAGUGAUACAAAGAUAACAACAUAUGAAGGAGCUUCUCCCACAAACAUCAAAGUUACCCUCACUGUACCUCCCAGGCUGUUCUGUGAGAAAGAUGACAGGGAGAAAUACUGUGAAAUAGGUGUCUCCACUGACCUUGUUAAAGAGAAAGAAACCAAAUGUCCGAGUUCAGGAGAGGAGAUCACACAGGUCGUAUUUGGCGUGUACAAAUCCAACACCUACACAAAAGCUUGCUCACAUCUGAUCACCAUGGAUACCUGGUACACUGGAUUACUGCUUCCAGUCAAGGCCACGAUAGACAGUCUCAAGGACAAAGACAAGAAAAGAGAUGUCCGAGUGUAUGUCACAAUGGCAGUACAAUCUGUUGAGUUCUUCAAUCAGCAGAUAAGCACUGUAGAGGUAACAGUUAAAGACAGAGACAAGACGUCAACCUGUUCCUCCAUCAAUGACCCACACAUGACCACAUUUGAUGGAAGGUAUUACAACAAUUUCUUAGAAGGAGAGUUCAUACUAUACAAACACAAAACUUUGCCAUAUGAGGUGCGGGUAUUCUAUCGUAGCUGUAACGGUAAGGCCUCUUGUAACUGUGCCGUGGCCGUUCGUUCUGGGGACGAUGUCAUUGUCAUUGACCGAUGUGGACCAUCUCUUGGCAAGUUCUCCAAGAAAAGGAGGAUGAAACUCAAGAUGUACCUCAAUGGAGACCUGACCGAGGGCACUGAAGUCCUCAGAAAGUCAGGGGGAAAGAAAUACUGGAUUGUCUUACCCACUGGAGCUACAGUUGUUGUGAUGAAUGGUAGAAAGAGGACCAGUCAGUUUAUCAAUGUGAAACUGAAGGCAUCCUCGGCUGACUAUGGCAACACAGAAGGUCUGUGUGGUAUCUUUGAUGGUGACAAGACCAAUGAUUUGACAAAGAGAGAUGGAACUUUGUAUGGUGGAAGAAGCAAACAACCCACAGAAUUCUCAAAGACAUGGAGAGUGUCGAGGGAGGAGAGUCUGUACCGGGGUUACUGUCCUAGGGGUGACACGAGGAUAGUGGAGGACACGUACUGUGACUGUAUGGAGGGCCAAGACCCUGUCUGUCAGGCAGGGCUGGACAUCAUGGCGUGUGAAGAAAUAGAGAAACGGAAAAACAAAUACAAGAACAAAAAAGGCGUGAAGAAUUUGACCCAAAAGCUCAUAAGAGAAGCACAGUCCCCUCCUACUCGAUGUGUGUCCACACAGCCACCAGAGGUGUUUGAAUAUGAUCCAAAGUAUAUACAGAAGGAAUUGACCUGGCCAACACCAAAUGGUAUCACAAAAGACAGGGCUAUAUCGAUUUGUCAAGGCUUUAUUGAGUCCAAAGAGUCAGGCAGAAAGUGUCUGGGUGUACCGGGGAUGGACUUUGAACCGAUUCUUGAGGGCUGUCUGGAAGAUAUUCAGCUGACAGAUGACCUGAGCUGGGCCAACGAGAGUUUAGACAAUCUACAGGAGCAGUGUCUGGUCAUCAUAGAAGUAGACAUUACUCUCUGGGUCACCAUAGAGGGAGGUGUAGUGGCCCCACCCCCUACAAUAACCGGGGCCAUUUGUCCCAACAGCUGUAAUGACAAUGGAAACUGUGUAGAUGGUGUCUGCCAGUGUGAUCAUCCAUGGAUCGGAGGUGAUUGUUCAGUUAACAUCAAUAAACCACCAGAGCUGGACGUUGUUGGGGAAGGAAAGCCAUGUGAUCUGAAUCGUUAUGAUUGCAAUUCUGUGAACUUAUUUGGAGAUGACUUUGCUGAAGUGGAGAAUCUCACAUGUCAUUACAGAAAUUUAGCUCCAAACCUGACGGCAAUAUCUAGUGUAAAAACCAGUAAAGCUGAGUACGUGAAUUCCGAGACGGUCGUAUGUACGUUCCCUGGAGAAGGCCUGUACGAAGUAGCGGUCAGUAACAAUGGAGAGAUCACUAGUGAAUACAAAGUCUACAUCAUCUACAACAGCUACUGUGAUCGAUGUACCCAGGCAGGAUGUGCCAAGAGGACUGAUAUUUGUGUGAUUGCUGGGAUGUGCUAUGAGAAUGGUUUUGUUAAACCUGAUCAGAAGAAUCUGGCCUGUCUUCCUGAUUACAGCACAGACUCCUGGACAGCAAUAAGAGUGGAUAUUAUAUAUGAGUAUAGGCUAUACUUUCUGAAUAUUGUUGGGAAUUAUCUUGUGACUGAGGCAGGAAGUAUUCUUCAGCGUGGUAACAUGCAGUUGCUUCCAAACAGAAAUGGAAAACAGUCCUUGACAUUUAAUGGUGUCAACCAGUACUUAGCUUUGCCCCAUCAUGAAGGAUUAUGUCUUUCUGACCCUGAUUUCUGUAACCUUGGGGUUACCUUUUCUUUUACCAUUCGCUUCAUCAGCCUAAAAGAUGACAUGUACAUUUACUCUAGCUGUGGCUCCAACCCGAAAAGUGUAGGAUAUGACCUCCGUUAUGUCAAUAAGCGUUUUAUAUUCACCGUUAGCACCCGCAGCCGAGAGUGGAGUGUUGAGUUUAACGAUGUUAAGACUGACGUGUUCUAUGCCUAUCAAUUCUCCUGGAGUGUACAGUAUGGUCUGGUGUUUUACAUUGAGGGAGUGGAGGUCUCACGGACCACUAAGUAUACCACUAGGGAUGUAUCUCUACCAGAAAAGUGUCCAAUCUAUAUAGGAACAAACCAAGACCAAUCAUCUUUUACCAACAUGGAGCUUGAGUACUUCCACAUUCUGCUGGCUUCUAGAGACAUUCUGAUUCAGCUGGGUUACGUCAUUGGGUUUCCGGAACUCACAAAAUCACCUUCCCUCCGUGUUGUGGCUAAUCCAGAUGAAAAUGUUCAGUUUCGCUGUGAGUUUACUCAACUGGCUGCUGAUGUGGAUUACAUAGUGGAAUUCUUUGUCAACAAUAGAAUGGUUGCUAAUGCAACCAACAACACUAGCCCAGUUAUGAUUAGUGAAGAAGAUGCUGGUGAUCUCACAUAUGGAAGCUCAAUGUAUUGUGAGGUUAGUGCAUGCUACAGGGAUCGAUGCAGUGCAUCUCGAGGACAAGCUAAGCGCAGCAGCAUUGUUAGGAUGGUUAUGGAGUUUGAGGAGGAGAAGAUGGUCAUUUAUGAAGGAAAGAAACCAGAUAAACCCCUGCGCGGGCGAAAUCUGAUUCCUCCAAGACUGUUCUGUCCAGCUGCCAGCCGAGCUAACUGUAAAUUAUAUGUCGUCUCUUCACUGAAGACAAACUCCAGAGAGACAAAGUGUCUAGAUGGCAGCACAAUGCAACAGCUUGUCUUCCGAUCUCCAAUAACCAAUAACUCUAUGUGUUCAUAUCCCAUCACAUGGGGCCAAGAUAUAGAGAUUGAAAUUGAGGCAACUGUUGAUCAGAUAAAGGAUGGGAAGAAAUCUCGUACCAUUCAGAUCCAGCUUUUAGUCGUAGUAGGAAGUAUGAGGACUCUCUUUGAUGUGGCCAGGAUCCCUGUUGAAAUCCGGGACUCUAAAUCUGUGGUGACAUGCAGGUCCAUCAAUGACCCUCACAUGACUACUUUCGAUCAGAAGAAAUAUGACAACUUUUUUGAAGGAGAAUUUGUGCUGUAUCGUCAUAAGACAUUACCCUAUGCUGUACACACAUUCUACAGAUCUUGUAACAAAAAAGCUUCGUGUAAUUGUGCUGUAGCGGUGAGAUCAGGUGAUGAUGUCAUUGUAUUAGAUGUUUGUGGCAAAACUAGACGUACAGGCAAAAAGAAGCGACGCCCACUCACUAAGAAGCUCUAUCUGAAUGGGCAGCUGACCCCCGGAACAUCAGUCUAUCAACACCGUAAGGGAAAGAAAUAUGAGAUCAAUCUGCCCACUGGAGGUCAGGUGAUUGUUAAACCUGCGAGAGACUUUAUCAAUGUCUGGAUGAAAGGAUCACCCUUAGAUUAUGAAAGUGUGGAAGGUCUGUGUGGAAAUUAUGAUGGUGAUAAGGACAAUGAUUUGGUAACAAAGGCUGGGAAAGUUGUCAAUAAAAAGCAGCCUGAUGAAUUCUCAGUGGAAUGGAGAGUCCCUGAUGGUGAGUCUCUGUACUCGGGAUACUGUGGUGUGGUCACUACCGACUCCUCCCCCUCUGAGCCCGAGUAUUGUGAGUGUGAGGCGGGAAUGAUCCCCCAGUGUAGGGCCAGCCCGGUCAGUGAUUGUGGCAGCUUCUCCAAGGCCAAUAGCAAGAAAAAAGGCAAAAGCAAGAAAUUUGUAGACAUUACACAGGACUUGAUUGAUGAGUCACAACAGUUCUUCUGUCAGUCCACAGUCACCAGGAUCAUAUUCGAAUUCAACAUCACCUAUGUCUUCAUUGGUGCUACUUUCCCCACACCCAAUGGAAUCACAAGAGAGAUGGCUGUUAACAACUGUACCCAGUUCAUCGCUCAGUCCUCAGCUGGUGAUGCCUGUGGUGCUAUUGCCAAUGUUGAUAAGAUAGGAAACCUAGAAAACUGCAUUGACGACAUCAUGAUAAUGGAUAGCUUAGAUUGGCUGAUAACAGCUCUAGAAAACUUACAAGAACAGUGUGUGACUGCCAUAGAGACUGACGUGACCUUGUGGAUAACUGAUGGGGGAGGGGUACCAGAACUUCCUGCUGUCAUUGAGGCCAUCUGUCCUGACGACUGUAACAAACAGGGGGCAUGUGUCAAUGGUUCCUGUGUAUGUAAUGCUGGUUUUGAUGGGGAGGAUUGCUCAUUGUCGACCAGUGAUCCCCCAGAUGUGGUAGGCGUGGUGGAUGCCAUCUGUGACCUCAGUCAAGGACCCUGUCUCUUCUUCUUCAUUCAAGGCUUCGGCUUCUUGGAUCAACCUUCACUCACCUGUCACUAUACAUUAGCUGAAAACAAUUCCAUGGUAAACAUGUCGGCUAUAUUCCGAAGUGAGGAGGAGGUGAGAUGUCCUGCCUACAGAGGAAAUCUCUCUAUCAGUAAUGACGGACUUCUGAUCAGUGUGUCAGUACGUGUCGUAGUUUAUGAUUCCGUGUGUGAGAUCUGUGAUGAUAAUUCCUGUUCACUCAGGACUGACAUUUGUCAGAUCAAUGGGAAGUGUUAUGCUGAUGGAUUUGUCAAUCCUUUCGAUGCCACAAAGAUCUGUGAUAUCAACACAUCGAAAACACAGUGGGGAACCCUCAAUGUCCGUAACAUCAUUAUCAAGAACUACAUCUUUAUAGGAAUAUUUAAUCAGUUGUUGAUCACCAAGACUUUCAACAUCACCAUUGGUGGAACAGGCAUCCCCAAACUAAUUCCUGGUUUUGCUGGAGGAAAUGCAGUCGAUUUGGAUGGAAAGCAGUAUCUAACCUAUGGGGAUCAGACAACAACUUGUUUUGGUGAUAUAGAGAAAUGUACAAAGGGGGUCACCAUACGAUUCAACUUAAAGCUGAAAAAACACAGCUCAAAAUGUUACGUGUUCAGUAAUGGUGGAGAGGAAGCCUCAAGUUAUGGCUAUGCUAUGUGGUUUGAGAAUAACAAACUCUACACUCGAACCAGCAACAAAAAGUCCGAGUGGACCAUCUCUACUUCAUCCAUCAAAGUGGAGACAUUCAUGCAAGUGGAGAUGUCUUGGAGUCUCCAGAGUGGAUUACAGCUAAGUAUUGACAAGACAGUUAAAGCAUCCAGCAAGAGAUAUGUCAGCCGACCAGCCAGUACAUACUCUGCAAUCAAAGACUUUGUAAUUGGAGGAUCCUCCAAGAAAGAUAAGAACUGUGGAAUGGCCAUUGAUUCCUUCACUAUCGUGUUUGCCUCUACUGAAAUCAUCACUGGAGCUGGAAUCAAAACAGAGUUACCCUCUUUUGAGAAGUCCCCUGCUUUGACCCGUCAUGUGAACAAUAAUGAGGUGUCCCUCAUGUGUUCAUUUGAGUCUUUGUCCCCCACCCAUUCCUACUCUGUCUCCUGGUAUGAAGAUGACAGACUUCUGAAGACAGUAGACAUUGGAAAUGAGACAAGACCUACACUCACUGAACAAGACAUGGGAAUGUUGACAUUUGGAGCCGAGCUGUACUGUGGAGUAUCAGCCUGUCUGAGUGACAACUGUGAUAACACCAGAGGUCCUGAGAAACGCAGUGACAAAAUCAGCACAGCCAUCAAGUUGGUGUCCAGUAAGGUGACUGUUUUUGAGGGAGGAGAUACAGAGUGUGUGAAGCUGGAGACUCCGUUCCCACCCCGACUUUUCUGUAACUCUACUGACAACACCACUGCUUGUGGCAUCCAAGUUUCCUAUGGCUUCCAAUCCCACAGACAGACCAAGUGUGCCACUGGUCGCUACAUACCCCAGGCUGUCUUCAAACAGAGCGACGAGGUCAAAACCCCAGGCUGCGGAGUGACCAUCACUGACCAACACUGGACGAAGCAGACCUGUGUCAAUAUUUAUGGAGUGCCAGAGGGACUGAAGGAUAAGAAUAAGAAUUUGAAUGUCCAGCUUGAUGUGUCCAUUGCUACUGGAACAGUGAUGUCCCCUAAGCUGGUCAGCUACACAGUGAGGGUUGAGGUGGUCGAUAAAGACAGGUUGUCUGUGUGUCGGUCGCUUGGAGAUCCUCACAUUACCACUUUUGAUAAAAGGACAUUUGAUGUCUUCCAAGAAGGAGAAUUCAUCUUGUACCGACACAAAACACUCCCAUAUGAGAUUCGAGCCUUCCACCGUUCCUGUCUCAGGCGUGCUGCAUGUAACUGCGCUGUAGCAGCGAGAAUCGGUGAUGACGUCAUUGUUCUGGAUAGAUGUGGUGCCAACAGAAAGAAAGCCAAGAAACAGCCCCUGGUUCCCAAACUCUAUCUGAAUGGAGAGUUGACUCCAGGUACAUCCAUCAGCAGAUUCAACAAUGGACGAAAAUACAAGAUUGUGUUCCCCAGUGGAGGAGAGCUGAUUGUGCAGGUCAACAGAAACAGGAAGGAAUUCUUACAACUCUGGUACAAGGCUUCAGCUGAUGACUACCUCAACUCAGAGGGAUUAUGUGGUCACUAUGAUGGAGACUCCAGCAAUGAUCUGCUGAUGCCUAAUGGCCGACUGUACUCUGGAAAAGAAAGGAGACCAAAGGAGUUCUCCAAGAGCUGGAGGAUUAAGGAGAUGGGACUUGAGACUCUAUACUCUGGUGUCUGUACAGAUACAGUAAACGAGGUCAUUCCUCCCGUCCCUGUGUUUUGUGACUGUAAUCUUGGAUCCACCCCAGUUUGUGGAACUGACCUUGACAUAUCCUCUUGUGUCAAGCCCGACAAGAAGAGAAAGGGAAAGAAGAAGGGACUAGUAGGGGAGGAGAUUACAGACCUCGUGAUUCAGCAGGCUGUCUCCCCACCACCUAUGUGUCUCUCUCGAUCAGCUCUUAUCUUGUUUGAGUACAAUGUUACCUACAUUGCACCGGAUUACACCUGGCCAACAGCCAGUAACAUCACAGAGAGACAGGCGUUCCAGAAAUGUAAGACAACAGUGGAGGCCAGUGUGGGAUUCCAGGGCUGUAAGAAUGUCCCAGACAUUGGAUUCUCCAUCUCCCUUGACUCCUGUGUCAUCGACAUUCAGAUAAUGGAUGAUUUUACCUGGGCUGAGGGAGCAUUAGCAGCGGUACUACAGCUCUGUCAGACUCAGCUGGAGGUCAAUGUAGAACUCUGGGUGAAUGUGUCAGGAGAAAUUGUCCCCAGUCCUGCCAUCAUCGACAAUCUGUGUCCUAAUGAGUGUAGUAAACAGGGAACAUGUAAAGAUAGUGAAUGUACCUGUAAUGCUGGUUACUAUGGAGAUGAUUGCUCUGUUGUCUUGACAACACCACCAGCAGUUGAUGAUAUCCCAGACUACCUCUGUGACCUGUUGAAGUCGGACUGUAGAAGUGUUGUUAUAAAUGGUGAUGGAUUCAUCCAGGUUGAUACCCUUGUCUGCAAGGUCCAGAAGAUGAAGCGACAGGGAGUUGACUUUAUAGUAGAUGGCAGUUCUGUGACUGUCAAUGCCAGUUUUGUUAGUCGGGAACAGGUCAGUUGUAAAAUGCCGGACUCUGGAAUCUACAAUGUCAGUGUCAGCAAUGACGGAAGUAACUUCGGAGCGGAGUUGACCUUCAUUGGUUAUGACUCCUCCUGCUACACAUGUGACUUGUCUGGAUGUUCUCAAAGGACUGACAUAUGUUUGAUUGGAGGAACCUGUUAUGGACGAGGAUUUAUGAAUGCUGGAAAUCCACUGGAGGUUUGUUCUCCUAACAGGACCACUACCAGCUGGACAACAGUCACACGUGACAUGGUGAUACAAAUAUCAUACACCUUCAUCACCAUUAUAAGUAAUGUUCUCAUUACCCAGUCCACCAACUACACUGUGAUAGGAAACCCCUCACUAGUGACUGGCCCCACUGGACAAAACGCCCUCCAGCUAGACGGUGCCAGACAGUACAUAGAUCUGACCUCAAGUGACAAUGGUUGUCUAAGUAAUCCUAGUCGCUGUGAGUUUGGCUUGUCUGUAACCUUUAACCUGAAGUUUGUGACCUUGACAGAGAACAUGUACAUCUUCUCUAACGGUGGAGAUGAGCCAGAUGGAUUCGGGGUGGCCAUGUAUUACCGUAGAAACAGGUUGUUCCUGACCGUCAGUACGGAGACCAAGGAAUGGACUGUGGAAACAACCUUGAUCAAAAUCAGUGUAUUCUACAAGAUUGAUUUCUCGUGGAGUGAACAAAAUGGUCUUGUUUUGUACCUAGAUGAUAAGGAAGUGGCAUCUACGAGAGUCUAUAUCACCAAGAUUGUAACAGUGUCUGUUACAACCAAAUUCUACAUUGGUUUGUCUAUCAAGACAAAUAUUUACGCUAACAUUGUUAUUGAUGGAUGGACAGUGACAGAAGCUACCAAACAGAUACGAGAUGAAGUUACCAUGGAGACCACUACAGAGGCUGAUACAACAACAGAAAUGUCAACGACUGAAAUGUCUUCAACGGAAAUGUCAACAACGGAUGAAUCAUCAACGGAAAUGUCAACGACAGAAAUGUCAACAAUGGAAUCCACAACAGAGACAGAAACCUCUACUGAAGUGACAAUAAGUGAACAGACAACCACAGCUCGAGAGACAACUUCUGAGUCUGUAACUAGUGAGAUGACAACUUCUGAAGUACCAACAACAACUGAAGAUAUGACAACAACCAUGGAUGUGUCCAGUGUUUCAACAACAAGCACAACAGAAGAACUGACACCUUCAGAACCUGAUACAACUACGACUUUGUUAGAAAUGACAACCACUAGCUCUGAACUGCCUGCAACUAGUACUGAGCCAAUGACAACUAGUACUGAACCAGAUACAACUAGUACUGAACCAGAAACAACAAGUAUUGAACCAGUUACAACCAGCACUGAACCAGUUACAACCACAGUUGAGUCAGUGACAACUAGCACUGAACCAUUGACAACUAGCACUGAACCAUUGACAACUAGCAUGGAACCAAUGACAACCACCAUCAUAUCAACAACUGAACAAGAAACAACUACAACUGUUGGAAUAACCACCACCACAGAAGCUCCAGGCACAACAACACCUUGUGUCAUCAGUCCUGUUUCCACAGCACCCACUCUGGACUACUCUGUCUCUGCUGACUAUCAGAAGGUGUCUUUUGAUUGCUCAGUCACAUCAGCAGCAGGAAGUGGUACACAGUACGCCAUCUGGUGGUAUGUAGGGGAGACAAUCAUCAAAAAACAGACCCUCACUUCAGGAACUAAUGUAAACAGAAUGGAGUCAACUGAGAUCACCAACACAGCUGAAGCCCUUACACUUGGGGUAAGCUGUGGAGUAGUUGUGUCAAAGCCCAGUACCUGUGGACAGGUGACUAGCUCAGUAACAAGGAGUAGUAUUCUCAAGUACCAAGUCACAAUCAAUGAGGCCUCAUACAUCAAGAUUGUAGAAGGUGCACCAGCACACCCAAUACAAAUCGAUCUUUCCACAACUGCCAAUUAUUACUGCUCCAUGAAGUACAAGGCUAACUGUGACAUAAGAUUCAAUGGAGAGGUCAUAAAAUCACAGAAUCCCAAGAGAUGUCCCGACGGAGGGGAAAUCCCCAAUAUUGUGGUCAAGUCCUCCCUCACUAAUGCUGCUUCACCAGCUGAGUCUACCUGUGGUCCUGUGAUGAAAGAAAAUGUACGGUCCGCCCAGAUUUACAUCAAGGCAAUGAUUGACAGGAUGAAAUUCGGAAACAAAAACAGUACACUGAACAUUGAACAGGAAGAUAAAGUGGGUCAAGAGGUCAAGGCUGGGGUCCUUCUGAAGAAAAUAGAGGUUGAAGUUGUUGAGAUGGACUCUUUAGACCUGCGACACUGUCAGUCCAUUAAUGAUCCUCACAUCAGAACUUUUGAUGGAGCCUACUUUGACAACUUCCAGCCAGGAGAAUACAUACUUUAUAGAAACAAAGACACUGAAGUAGAGGUACGUGCUGCAAUGGUGCGCUGUUCCAGUGGAACAUGUAACUGUGGAGUGAUGGUGCGUUCUGGUGAUGAUGUCAUCAGGAUAGACAAAUGUAAGUGGGUCAACAAAACCUCUACUGCUUAUCCAAUCAACGAGGAGCUCUUCACCAACGGAGAACUGACUCCAAGGACAGAGAUCUUCCAGGAGAAGGACGGCAAACAGUUCCAGAUCAUGUUACCCACAGGAACCAAAGUGACAGUGAAAGACUCAUACCAGGCCUUUAUUAACAUAUUCAUCUACCCAUCAGCUGCAGACUUUAACAAAACUGAAGGUUUAUGUGGUACAUAUGAUGGUAAUCAAGACAAUGACCUCUCAGAUCCCAAUGGGGUCAUCACAAAAGUUCCUGGCCCCAAUGAACGACCAGAUGCAUACAGUCUUACAUGGAGAACCUCUGAGUCCAACUCACUGUUUAGGGGUUAUAGGUCAACAGUUUCCAUGGAGAUACCAGUAUACUGCUCCUGCUACAAUAGUGGAUCAACAUGUGAUUUCUUUGGUGAUGUCAGUACAUGUGGAGUCACAAACAAAGGUGUGGAUUUGAAACCUGACCUCCUGACCCCAAAUCCUGGCCUAUUAACCCCCAGUGCUGUUGGCAGGCGUAAGAAGAGACAGGCUGUUGAUGACACAGUGACCUAUGACCUCAACUACAAUGCUCCAGCUCCUACUUCUGCCUGGCCUUCCAAUCUGAACAUGACAGAAGAGGAAGCUAGACAGAGUUGUGGUAACUACCUCGUCAAUUCCAAGGCCGGAAUUAACUGUCAGAAUCUUUUGUCUGGAAACUAUUCCCAGGACAUAGAGAAUUGUGUGCAAGACUACAAGCUGACCGGUCUGACCAUUUGGAGGGAGGAUCACUUGGGAGGAAUUCAGCAGAAUUGUUAUGAGGAAGUUCUGAAGGAUACCACUCAAUGGACACAGAAUGCCAAUGCUGCUCCAUCUUUACCCACCACUAUUACUAAUGCUAUUUGUCCUUUGGACUGUAAUAGUCAAGGAAAUCAGGGAACCUGUGUAGAUGGAGUCUGUGAGUGUAAAACUGGCUAUGGUGGAGCAGAUUGUUCAAUCUCUGUCAGCUUAGCUCCAGUCGUUCUGUUAGAGGACUCCAAUGUGGCCUGCGAUACCCUCAAUAACAACUGUACCCAGGCUGUCAUCAAGGGCGAUCGCUUCCUAAACAGUUCAACCAUCACUUGUCACAUGACAGAAAUUGAGAUCAAUGGAGCAGGUAUUUCUAGUCGAUCCCUUACCACCAUAACAGACACUGCCAUCUUUAAGAGUAUCUCAGCAGUUCACUGUACCCUGCCAGCCAAGAAGAGCUAUGCCAUCAGGAUCAGUAAUGAUGGCACACAUCGCAGUGUGGCCGAGUCUGUGUUCAUCCUCUACCAGUCAGACUGUUACACCUGUGAUGUAGCAGCUGAUAGAACCCAUGGAAACUGCUCCAUGUUGACCUCAUCCUGCCUGAUUGGUGGCGUGUGCUAUGCAGGAGGAAGCAGUAAUCCAAUCAACUCCUGUCAGCUGUGUACUCCCAUCACAUCUCAGUUCACUUGGACUGCCUCUACGGCUGCAGGCUGUCCAACAUCACCGAGCAGCACCACCGCAGCAGUGCCUCCCAACAAGACGGCAGUCAACAUGAACUCUCAGACGGUGGUCAUUGUAGCCUCACUGGCCGCCACCAUCUUCCUGGUCAUCACUAUUGUGCUGGCUGUAGUGUUCAUUGUUAGAUACAGAGCACAGAAAAAGAAGGAGCGAUUUAUGAAGCAGUAUGAUCCAGAACCCAGUGUAUUUAGCAACGGAGCUUACGAAAAGAAAGAAUGGCGACCAGCCUAUAGUGACCCUACAGGUGCUUCCGUGUAUAACUCCCACACUGGGGGUAAUGUAGCUUUCUACGACACACGAAUGGCACUGGACGAUUAUUUUGAGUGAAAAGAACAAAAAUUGGUCUCACAACUAUAGCACAUAUCUUCAAGAUAUUUCUUGAGAGAAGUUUUGGAAUAUGUUUUUUUAAAAUGACUUUUUAAAAGAUAUGAAAGAGAAAGUGAAGAAAUGUGCCUCUUUUUUAAAAUACCGGUUUGAAAUGUGAUAAAAUAUAAAAGCAUAAAUUAAAGAAUUGAGUAUGUGUGAAUAUUUUUAAUUCUGAUGCAUAUGUUGUAAUUAUCAAAGAUAUGCUGACUAUUUCACGUACAUGUAUAUAUUAAAUUUUUAAUUUUUUAAAUAAACCAUUGUAUAUAUUGUCUGAUGAUAGCAAGGCAAGUUAUUUUAAAUGUCAGAGUUCUAUUUAUUUCCAAAGUUUGAUAUAGGGUAAAAAUUUUUAAUUGGUGCUUUUAUCUACAUUUUCUAUUAUAUGUUGUGUGCAUUCAAGUGCAUAAUAAAUUUCAAUUUUUUAUGUUUCAUAUUUAUGUGCUUCAUUAAUCAGAUACUAUGUGCCAAGUCCAUUUCUUUUAGUUUAUUGUUGUGUCUAGUUCUACUAAAAUGAUAGCAAUAUGAAGCUUAUUCUUUGCAUUGACUAUGUAUCUACAACUGGAAGUUCGUAUAGAGCAUUGAAAUCCCUGAUGAUUUUCAAUUUUUUUUAAUAACUACACAAUGUAUGUGCCAGUUUUUUAUGUUUACCCUGUUAUAUGUAUGAAAUAUGUCUGAUUACAAUAAAAUGUCAAACAGUU